UAAUACGCAAAUAAGUUGCUCAGGCUGUUUUUAGCUAGGUUGUUUUCCUCGUUUAGCUAUCAUCUGUCGCUUCGGUAGUAUUAAGGACAGGGGCACAAGUACAAGUUUUGGUAUAAAAGGAAACAGACUUUCAUGCCGACUCAUAAGGAUAUGCCAGCCGACUGUGUCACAUAAAGAGAAAUCGACCUCUGUCUUCUGUCACCAAGUGGUUUCGCCAGGAGAGAAUGAACUGGCUCUUCCCCUUGUCCAAAGGCUCUGGACCUAUCGCUCCUCUGAACAGCCUGCAGCAACAAAGACAGCGGCAGAUCGAGUCGCUCAAAGCCGCUCACCCCAGCCUUGCAGAAAUCCAGAAGGAUGUGGAAUACAGAAUACCAUUCACAGUCAACAACUCCACCAUUAGUGUUAACAUUCUGCUGCCUCCUCAGUUCCCUCAGGAGAAGCCGGUGGUUAGUGUCUACCCGCCUGUUGGUCAUCAUUUAGUCGACAGCAAUAAUGGCACCAUCAUCACAAGCCCCCUCAUCACUAAUUUUGGGAUGCACUCUGACCUGGGUAAGGUCGUUCAGAGUCUGCUGGAUGAGUUCUGGAAGAGUCCUCCUGCCUUGAUGUCCUCUGGCUCUGCUGGCUUUUCAUACAGUAUGUACAAGCCAUCAGGCAUGGCUCCUUACCCAAAUCAGGCUUACCACUAUGGUCCUCGCCACGUGGGUCCCAGUCAGACACCGCCUACUGGUUCGGGUCCGGCUCCAGUUCCCAUGCCGCACUCAGGGGUGGAUGGUGCCCAUGGGCCCCCUCGAGCUCCUGCCCCGUAUGGACUGAUAUCUGACCUGCCAUUACCUGUACCUACUGGAGACUCACAGGCUGGACUGAACGGACACAUGUACAAGAUGCCUGAGAUUCCAGAGUCUUUCCCUGAACUCUGUGACUUGAAUCUGACAAAGUUGUCAGAGAUGUCUGAAAAUGAGGAUGUGUUACUGGAGUUCUUUGUGAGCUUGCCACAACUCAAACAGAUCACCAGCGAUAAAGAAGAGCUGGUCACCAAUAUAGUAGACAUGGCUAAGAAAAAUCUUCAGAUGGAGCCGCAGCUCGAAGGAAAAAGACAAGAGAUGCUCUACAAGUAUGAACAGCUGACUCAGAUGAAGUUGGCCUUUGAGACAAAGAUGCAGAGACAGCAUGAACUCAGUGAGAGUUGCAGUUUAAGCACUCUACAGGCUCGGUUAAAAGUUGCAGCUCAUCAGGCAGAGGAGGAGUCUGAGGAGACAGCUGAAAACUUUCUGGAGGGACGCACAGACAUCGACGAAUUCCUGUCCAACUUCAUGGAGAAGAGAACGCUUUGCCACAGCAGACGGGCCAAAGAAGAGAAGUUGCAACAGUCCAUUAACACACAUGGACAGUUUUCUACCAGCCACUAGAAUACAAGGUUUGGUGUUCUCUCAGCCAGCUGCUGCCAACUAAAAAUAAAAAAGACUACAGGGGCCGAAAAGCACACACAGUCAACGAUGGGCACUUUGGAGAAAUAGGAAGAGAGGGGGCUAAAAUCAAAAAGCCUUUUGAGUUCAGACGUGAUAUUAAAAAAACAAACUGCUGCCGUUCGAUCGUGUGAGGGAAAGAUGGAGAAACUGCGUCACCACAGGAAGCCAAAACUGUGACAAUAAGGAAGUUCCAGUAACAUUUCUAAGUUGAUCACAUUGUGGAAGGUUUUGUUGCACAUUCUGUUUGUGCAGUUUUGGCUUCACAGUGAUGACAGGGUUGUGUUUCUUUCUUGGAAUAGCUGAGGAGCAACACCUGCACUUGAUCAGAGUGUUUGCUGAUGUGAACGCAUUUGGAAGACAGUACAAAUUGCUUAGUACUUGAGUCCCAGUCUUAAUUUUUCCAUGCAGUGAGCAAGUUAAUAUCACAAUCAGAUUGUUGUGAAAUGCUAAUGUCAGUGUCUGUACUAUCCAUCCUGAGCUCACUGUCCAGUCCUUGCUUCAUGCUUCACACAAAGACCCUUUUCCUACUCGACAGAGAUACGGUGCAAACAUUACUAAGUGAAUUUUCCUGUUUACAUUGAAAAGAUUUAGACAAAUCUUACCACUGAAAAUGUCACAGUAAUUAAUGAGCACUUCACUUCUCUAGUAGUUAACUGUAAUUAAUCUGGAAUUUCCCAACAAAGAAGAAGCAAGGACAGGGCAGUGUUAUCAUGAGACCUUUAACUUGGGCUGUUGAAAUUUAAACUGUGCGUUGAUUCGUGGGAAAUGGUUGAUUCUGAUCAGUGUGUUUGCAUAAACAUUUAUAAUUCAGUUGGCAGUACUCUCACAACCUUCUCAUAACCGUGUAAUAAUUAAUCCUCCGUACAUUACAGUCAGGCAUCUUUAGAGUACUGUAUAUAAAUCCUGCUUGUUGAAGAUCUCUUUGUAAACAAGACGCUAACAGAGUUAGCGGUUGCUUUCCUUCUUUAUAUAUAAUUUUUUAUUAGCACUGAAAACACCAAUGGCACCUCUUACAUGUUGUCUAAUUCAAUGUUUUCACUGGUCAGAUGUUUCCCGCACGUUAGCACAUAUUAUUACAGACACUAACCAGGUAAACUAACGAUGUAAACUCUAAUAAUCUAAAUUGUCUGAAUGGUCGGACUAGUACACUGAAUUAUUUGAGUGGAUGCAAACAUACUGAUCACCACUUCGCCCUGAAAUUCACAGUGACUAUAGCUGGAUUGUUUUCUGACACCUUUUUGAACUUCAGAUGACAAGCCUCAGAGGAUAUAGGAUAAUGGUGAGGAAUAUUAGCUUAAACGCUGCAGUAAAACCCGAUGACAUUGGAUACUGUAUUUAAAUAAUGUUAAUAAUAGGCUAUAUUAUAAUCAAAGACUCAGACACCUUGUAUUAUAUGUUCUUAUUUAAUUUGUUAGAGUAAUAAAGCAUUUAGAAUAAA